UCAGUCAGUCAGUCAGUCAGGCAGGCAGGCAGGCAGUCAGUGAUUCAGUCAGUUAGACAGGCAGUCAGUCAGUUAGUCAGGCAAGCAGACAGGCAGCCAGUCAGUCAGCCAGGCAGUCUGUUUAUUCUGACUAUUCUGUCGGUCAGUCAGUCAGUCAGUCAUGCAGUCAGACAGUCAGUUAGUCAGUCAGUCAGGCAAUCUGUUAGUCAGUCAAAGGCAGGCAGUCUGUCAGUCACUCAAGCAGGCAGUCAGUCAGUCAGGCAGCCAGUCAGUUUGUCAGUUAGGCAGGCAGGCAGUCAUUCAGUCAGUAAGGAAAGCAAACAGCCAGUCAGUCAGUCAGUCAGCCAUGCUGUCAGCCAGUCAGUCAAGCAGGCAGUCAGUCAUUCAGUCAGGCAAGCAGUCCAUCAGUCAGUCAGUCAGUCAGUCAGCCCAUCAGUCAGGUAAGCAGGGAGCCAGCCAGUCAGCCAGGCAGUCAGUCAAUCAGUCAGUCAGUCAGACAGGCAGGCAGACAGGCAGGCAGUCCAUCAGUCAGUCA